AUGGCCUCAUCUGGGAGGCACAACUUGGCUAGCUUGUACUGCUCCUCAUCGUCGAAAUACGAUGUCGACGCUUUGUGGUACCAGUACUUGCCAACGCGUCCCUCCCUGGACGCCGCCGGCCUCGUCCAGCGGAGGACGGCGCUAUCCCCGGUCAUCUCCGUCGCACGGGUGAUGAGGACGGUGGGGCAGCGGGCGCCGCAAGACGGGCAUCUCGGGAAGGCGAGCCGGAACAACAGGAUGAGAGGAAAUCACGAGUCCGGCAAGACCUGCGCCUGGUCCUCGCGGCGCCCCUCGUCCUGGAGCUGCUGCGCCUCCUUCUCCUUGGCGAGCAAGUGCGCCUCGUACCUCCGCAGCCUCUCCUCCAUCCUCACCUGCAAGAGCGGACGUGAGCGCGGCGGCUUCGACCAAAAUGAUUUGCAAAUCGCGGGGAGCAGCGGGAGGGAGCUCGUGGCGGCGCUCAUGGGGAACCCCGGGCUGCGCGCCGCGUCCGAGCGGCUCAGGGCCGCGCCGGAGAGGCGGGUCCCGUCGGGGCCGGAGGGGCCCAGGCACGUGUACGUGUUCCAGCGGGAGUACGCCACGGUCGAUCCGGCGCGCGUCGAGUUAGUGGGCACAGAUGAGAUGACUACAUGUGUGGGUGUUGCGAUUCGCAACAACAAGACUGGAAUGACUUCCAUUAGCCAUAUGGACUUCCCAAAGAUUGUAGAAGGAGGAUUCAAACAGAUGCUAGAAUUACUUGGUGAUGACGACGAACCAUUUGAUGUAGUCUAUUCUUCUGGAGGAAAGCACAGCAUACAGGAAGGAUACUCCCAUCCACUUUGUUGCAAGAUAGUUGAAGUGCUGCAUAAAUCCCAGCAACGGUUCCACCUCCGGUCUUUCUGUGUCCUUGGGAUCAACACUAUGACUGAUUCUUACGGGAAUGCACGACCCAUAGUUGGUGGAUUUGUGAUGCAAACAUCAUCGGGAGUUGUUACUCCUGCAAGCUUUGACAUCACUUCAAGGUGUCCUGAUGAAAUAGUCAGAAGAAUUCGUGUGAGUGUUUCUUCUUAUGAUCCAAAUUGGCGAGGAAAGUUACUGGAGACUUACGACACACAUGCUGAUAUUUUCCAAAUUGCCCCUGCCUGCUGGAUGCCAGAUUGGGCAGAAAUGGCAUCCUCACUUAACCAGCUUUCAGACUCUGAAGUCCUGCUUCAAUGCUCCACCUCUCCAGCUGCAGAACCACCUCAUUUUGUGGAAACUGAGAGAAGGAUAUGGAAAUACUUGAUCGAGAACCCAGACUGGGAAGAUGCAUUUCCAAAGUACAAGCCCCGGGUCUUCCACUGGACGAAUGAUGGCAGGUGGUCAAGGCACUCUUAG